GGUACCACGGUGAGGGUAGAGGAGGACAUUGUUUGCCUGUGGCCGUGGGCAACGGGAAAAGCGAGUUAUCAGGGCAUGUGUGACUGUGUUCAGAAAGUGUGUUCGUAUGUGAGCAAGGGUGAAUGAGUGGGGUUGAUUUAGUGUGUGUGUGUGUGUUUGGAAGAGGGGGGGGGGAGGUGGAAGCUUGCAUGUGUGUGAGGAACCUUCUAUUUGGGAUGCUGGGGAAACUGGAGAGCAUUCAAAGGAUGCUCAGACAAAGCUGGAUCUUUUUGUGUGCACUCUCGGUGCCCCUAAUCUGAAUGGUGCUGGAGGACUCGUGGAAUUCCUCAACUCUAGCCGUUGCGCCCAUCUGCGCUGCUGGGCAGCCACAAGGAUCUUCUGCAUGCAUGGCCAGGGGGUCUCACCCCCACCUCUUACCUCACAAGCCUCUGGCCUGAAGGAUUAUGGGUAACCUCAUCAGCCGGCCCAGCUGUCUGGGCCAAAGGUCUAAGCAUGUGAGAUCAGACGAGGACUUCCUGAAGGAGUGCUACCAGCGUAAAAGAGAAUGGCAGCGGCCAGAAACUCAGCCCGGGACCAAGCAGGUAGAGGUGAUUCAAGACAUUGCCAGGGUGGACACCAAUGGCAAAAGAGCGAAGGAUCGAAAGGGAGAUGGACGAGGAGAGCGACAAGGAGAACGAGAAAGAGGUGGAAAAGGCAAGGGAGGAAGCGGUUCGCACCCCUGUCUCGGACAAACCCCUCCGACGCUCCCCGGCCUCCACCCUCACCAGCACCAGCACCCUGGACAACGGCUGGCACAGCACCCCAUCCCGAACCGGGACCCUCACCAGGAGGACCAUGCCCCCCGACCUCGGCAGAUCCCCGCUGGCUUACCCCGAUAAGGGCUCUGCGGAGAGGCGGGCCAGCUUCCAGAGGAGGGACUCCAGAGAGGGGAGCCCCUGGUCCUGGAAGACCCUGGCAUCCCGGGAGGUCACUGAGGUGACGGAGGUGACCGAGACGAUCGUGACAGAAAUCGUGGAGGUGACGGAGUAUCCGUCGGGAGAGAAAGGAGGCGCUCCAAUAGUCACCAGGACGGUUAGGGUGCUCAACGGCGUGGCGGAAGAACUGGCAGAGCUCCAAAGUGAUGGACAGUCCAGUUCAGACCAGGACUCCUGCCUGGAUAGAUGGAGGGGAACUAGAUCGGCUUUGACCCUGAGAGAUGAGUCGACAGACACAGAGACCUUCCUCCCAAACCUGGAGUCUCUUCUCACUUGGGUCUGUGAGAUUGAGGAGCUAACAGCCAAUCAGAAGCCACCAUCGUCAGAGGUCAAAGUGGUGAAAGCGCAGCUGCAAGAACAAAAGCUGCUGCUCCGCCUCCUGGCUGACCGUAGGAAGAGCAUGGAGUUCACCAUCUCGGAGGGCCCUGCGCUUGUGGAGGCCCACCCAGGAGACGAGUGGGUAGAGGCCAAGGUCAAGCUGUCCACCCUCAAGCAGAAGUGGGAGGCCUUGAUUCUGGGUGCAGAGCAAAGGAGAUCAAGCCUAGAGUUAAUCCUGCCCAGGACACAACUCUUUCAAGAAGGAGUGGACGGCCUUCAGCAGUGGCUGAUGUCCGUGGAGCAAGGCCUGGCAGAGUUACGCAACUCUGAGAGAUUGAUGCUGCAUCUACCAGAGGCCACGGAGCGUGCCCAGGCUUUUGUCGAAGAGAUCAAAGUCAAAAACACAGAGUUGGGGAACGUACAGCAAACAGGGCACAACCUAAUGGAAGCUAUUUCCGAGGAGGAAGCCCAGCUGGUGCAGGAGAAGAUGACUCACUGCGGAUCCGCAGCUCGGUGCUGAGCCUGAGCAGCCUGGACGUGCUGC